AUGAAGUUCACAACCGCCGUCGCCUUCGCUUCCGUCGCCUCCGCCGGCGUCAUCGACAAGCGCUCCGUCGCCUCGGACGCCCUGACUGCCGUCCAAGCCAAGCUGUCGGCCCUCAACCAGCAAGUCAAAUCCUUCAACGGCAAUACCGCCCAGCUCCAAGCUGCCACCAACGACCUCUUGACCACCAUGGAGAAGGCCGCGGCUGACGUCAAGAAGGGUGGGGCCUUGGGUCUCAUGGACGCCAUGGGCCUUCAAACAGUCACAACGAGCCUUCAGACGGUUGGCACCGAGCUGCAGUCCUCGAUGAAGGCCCAGAAGCCGGCUUUCCAGAAGGCUGGUGCUUGCGCCAGCAUCCGCCAGUCGCUCGUCAAGCUCAGCACCGACUCCCAGGCUCUCACCGAUGCCGUCAUCAGCCAGGUGGACGGGUCACUCAAGGCGAUCGCCCAGAAGAGCUCUGCUGGUCUCUCCGACACCCUGAAAGCAUCCAAUGCAGAGUUUGCCCCAGACAAGUGCGUCGAUGCGAAGACGGCCGCCUCGGGUCCCAAUUCGGGUGCUGCUUCGGGUCCCGCUUCGGGUCCCGCUUCGGGUCCCGCUUCGGGUCCCGCUUCGGGUGCCUCGUCGGGUGCCAACUCAGGCACUGCCUCUACUGGCUCGGCCGUCGCUUUGAGCGACGCUGAAGAUGCAGCUUUGGAUGCCGACGACGAGAUUUCCUCCAAUUCUAUCACGGGCGGUGCUACCGCCAAGGCCGGUACUACUACCGGUGGCUCUUCCCAGUCCACCUCCGGCGGCAUGUCGUCUUCAUCUUCCAUGACUAGUGGCUCUACUGGCGGCUCUUCCAGCACUCUUAGCGGUAACGGUGUUGGCACUGACACGCCACCCCCCGCACCCGCCGUCACACCUCCGGCCCCUGCCUCUUCUGGAGGCGGCAACUUCCUCACCACCCUCCUCGGACUUUUCACCUCUUUAUUCUAA